AUGGGCCCACUCACAACUCCUAAAAAAGCAGGAGAAACGGGGUCCGUCGAUCCAUGGACACCAACUUCCAACCUUAAAAUGCUCAUUAGUGCUGCAAGCCCCGAGAUUAGGAACCGGGAGAAAUGGCUGUGCCCACCUUCUGAAUUAAAUGAAGCUAUCGAUUCUGCACAGGAUUUUGAAAAUGGAGACGAGUCUGAGAAAAUCAUCAGCAGGAAAGAUAAAAGUCUAGGUUUGCUCUGCCAUAAAUUCCUCGACCGUUGCCCGGAUUGGCCAGACCCAGCCGCUAACAACGAGAUUUGCUUGGAUGACGUGGCCACUGAACUUAAUGUAGAACGCAGGCGCAUUUAUGACAUCAUGAAUGUGCUCGAGAGCCUGCACAUGGUGAGCCGUUCUGCAAAGAAUCGCUACAUAUGGCACGGUCAGACCAAUCUGGCCCAGACUUUGGCCAUUCUCAAGCAGGUGGGUGAGGAGCAAAUGUAUUGCCAGCAAAUGCAGUAUAUCAAACAGCGCUUCUUGGAUAAAGAAUCGGACUUUGAUGGUAACGAGAAGGAGAACCUUGAGUUGAUGUACACGGAAAGUAGUAAACACAGACGAAAGGAGCUCUGCUUUGUGGAGCUUCCUGGAGUGGAGUUCAAAGCAGCCUCUGUUAACAGUCGGAAGGACAAAUCUCUGAGAGUGAUGAGCCAGAAGUUUGUCAUGCUCUUCCUUGUUUCUAAUCCUCCCGUGGUCAGUCUGGAUAUCGCUGCUAAAAUCCUGAUCGGAGAGGAACAGGGUGCAGAUCAGGAUAAAAACAAAUUUAAGACUAAAGUGCGACGACUUUAUGACAUUGCUAAUGUGCUCCGGAGUCUGAAACUAAUUGAAAAGGUUCAUCUGACAGAAGAAAAGAAGAAACCAGCAUUUAAAUGGGUUGGCCCAAAUAAACGGCCUGUAGUCAAAGAUGUAGCAAUUGAUUCCUCCCUGUGUCCACCCAACAAGAAAAGGAUCCUGGAGUCCCGCUCCUCUUUAGAAAACUGUGCCAAAAACCUUUUUUCGUCACCUCCUGGCUCUAAGCGGAGCUUUACGCGGCAUCCCUCUCUCAUUAAGCUAGCUAAGAGCAUUCAGGAUGACCGGCGAAAGAUCAGCUCAGCCCCUAGUAGUCCUGCCAAGACUGCCUUCAAUGAUAGUGACUUCCCCAGCAAAAUGGCCCAACUUGCUGCCAUAUGUAAGAUUCAACUUGACCAGGAGUCACGUACAAGAGGCAAAGAUCCAAAAGCAGUUCCUGGUGAGCCAAGCACAUCGGUUGUAAGGAUCCAGCCAACCACCUCCAGCUCAGUCAAAGCGCCUUGGGUCACAUGCCCAAAUCCAAAUGAGGAGGCUGUAGCCAAUACAAAUGUGCACGGCACCUUGCUGUCCUCCCGUCCCUCAGGCAGUGUUGCAUACAUCCCAGCGCAGUGUUCACCCCUCAUCCCCGUCAUUUUACCUCAGCAGCCGGGCGGUGGACCGUACGCUGUCUAUUUGCACCAGUCUUCCCUCAGACCCAGCCCUCAACCGACAAGUUACGCUGUUCGGUCCAUGACCUUUGAGGAAAAGACAGGACAAAGUCCGACUGUCCCAUUUCCGGCUAAAAGCCAACCGACGUCGAGGGUACCAGACAGCAGCCCUUUGUCGGUCAAAAGGUUGUGCUCUGAUUCGGCUGCUGAGAGCGGUUCUCCCAAAGUCAAACGGACUGACUCUAACCUCAAGGACACCUCCCCAAAGCAGUGCCAUGUCUUUAAAGGUCAUGUGAAGACCCUACGCAGCUGCCAGCUUUCCAGCCGGCCCUCGCCUCGCGCCCUCCACCUGGACCCAGAGUUUAUCAACACUCCGGGCAGCACUGUGAUUGCGCAGACUUUGGAGCAUAGUUUGGAGACCUUCCUGGACAAGGAUGACAAGUCGGUGACCUCUGACACUGAAGUGGGUUUAACGCCCGUCAGAGCUGCGCCCCUCACACCCGGACAAAUUAGCACAGAGACUUUAGUACCAGCAGGAUACCUGAUCCCGCUCUCCCAUCAGCCUAUUGUCACGUACAAGGAGAAUCCAGGCUCAGCAGGAGAAAUUAACAAGCCUUCAACUCCUGCUUACAUCUACAAAACACCAACUGCAGGAUCCAGACCACCCGCUGUCCAGGAAGUGACUCCCACCAGCUUUCGUCUACAUGACGCCGCUGCAGCCACCUCUCCGCACUUGACCCAGCAGGCCCAACGCCUCCAAAGUCCCAGUCCUGCUAUCCUAAACUUCACCCUGCAGAAUUUGGGUCUCAUUUCGGGCUCUGCCCCUGGAAACGUCCUUGCCUCAUUACAGACCCCUGAGCGGACGAGUGGUGUCAUCAGCCCCCUGGCUUUGCAGCAGCGAGGGAUGGUUUUCAUCAAGCCAAUGACAGUCCAGCAGUCCCCGCAAUCAGUGGCUCUAAUCAGUAUUCAACAGCCUCUAAUGACUACACCCAAAGGAACGGGGCUUCCCCAGCACAGCUUCUUCCAUACACCGGGCCCCUUGUCUCCCCUGGCUACCGCAGUAGUUUCCCCCAAUGGACAGCGGGCCCCUAAAACCGUUUACGUCCCUCAAAGGAAACUGGAUGUCAACACUGAAGACACACUCUAA